AUGUUCCAGCAUGAUUGCUCUUCUAAGAAGUCGGCCACUGGCUCUAAUUAUGGUUGUAGUAUUGAGAUCCAAAGUACUUCGGACCGGCAAAUUUGUAUGGUUUGCAAGCCUAAAAGUGCUGUUAAUGGGCUUUGCAGUUUAUAUACAGCCUCAUUUAGUAUCCACUUUGCUAAUGGCUAUUUCUUGUUCCAGCUUAUAUCUUCCAAAUUAAAUAUCAAUCUAAAAUUAAAUUUUAUGGUAAAUGAAAACAGUUUUAAAAUUUUUUUGGAAAAAGAUCUUGUUAAGCAAAUAUAUAAUCUGUCAUAUUUAAAUUGGUAUUUCCCAUUUUCAGACAUUGCACAUUUUAUUUUACCCACAACUGUCGAACUUAUGUACUGGGGCCUUGAACCAGCGGAAACCUCCCAGGCAUCCGAUUAA